CAUUACGGGUAACCUCUUGCAAUUGGUAACCUUCGUGCAUCUUCUCGAUACGGGUCGCUCGGCCAACUCAGCAUACCGGCAUAGUUUUACGCCGAAUCCCAGCUUAUUUGCUUUCUUUUGGAUUGAUUUUGUAUUAUAUAAGCAGCCAACAUGUCUUAUAUGCUGAGUCACCUUCACAACGGAUGGCAGGUCGACCAGGCCAUACUGUCAGAAGAGGACAGGGUUGUUGUGAUCCGUUUCGGCCACGACUGGGACCCGACGUGCAUGAAGAUGGACGAGGUGUUGUACAGCAUCGCGGAGAAGGUGAAGAACUUCGCAGUCAUCUACCUCGUUGAUAUAACUAAGGUGCCCGACUUCAACAAGAUGUACGAACUGUACGACCCGUGUACGGUCAUGUUUUUCUUCCGCAACAAGCACAUUAUGAUCGAUCUCGGUACGGGGAACAACAACAAGAUCAACUGGGCCCUCGAAGACAAACAGGAGAUGAUAGAUAUAGUCGAGACGGUCUAUCGAGGCGCGAGGAAGGGACGGGGUCUCGUCGUCUCGCCGAAGGACUACUCGACCAAGUACCGAUACUGAAUCUUGAACAAACCGAGUCAUUCGGUCGUUUGGAAAAUCACUUGGGUGUUUUUUUCAAAUAGCAGUCUGAACCUGACACCAGGAUCGUUUCAUAUUGAAAUAACAUUUUUUAUAUUUUGUUUUUUAAUUUGUAUACAAAUUGCCAUUUUAGACAACAUUAUACAGUUGUAAAAGUAUA